AUGUCGGGGAGCAAACUACUAGCACAGUUAGGUUAUAAACUAGGGAAGACUAUAGGAGAGGGCAGCUACUCCAAAGUAAAAGAGGCCAUUUCAAAAAAGUACAACAAAAAUGUAGCAAUCAAAGUGGUCGACAGGAAGAAAGUUCCAAAGGAUUUUGCCAGCAAGUUCUUGCCGAGGGAGUUGGCCAUUUUGAGGGGGAUCAAGCACCCUCAUAUUGUGCAUGUGUAUGAGUUUAUUGAAGUUCGCAAUGGGAAGGUUUACAUCGUCAUGGAGCUGGUCUCGACAAACCUUCUGCAGCUGAUCCAACAAAGGACUUGUGUGUCCUGCCAGGAGGCCAAAUGCUUGUUUUCCCAGGUCACCAAGGCCAUCAAGUACCUUCACGAGCGUGACAUUGUCCACCGGGACCUCAAGUGCGAGAACAUCCUACUGACUGAGCAAAUGCAGGUGAAGUUGGCAGACUUUGGAUUUGGGAGGAAGAGCCGGGGGUACCCAGAACUCAGUACCACCUACUGUGGCUCCGCAGCCUACUCCCCUCCUGAGGUUCUUCUGGGUGUUCCUUACGACCCCAAAAAGUACGAUAUCUGGAGCAUGGGAGUCAUCCUGUAUGUGAUAGUGACCGGUUACAUGCCAUUCAAUGACUCCAGCAUCAGCAAGUUACCAGAGAAACAGCUAAUGGGUGUGAUUUAUCCAGAGGAGAUUACACUAGAAGAGAGGUGCCAGUCUUUGAUAGAGAAAUUGUUAACUUUCAGUCCACCGAUGCGUCCAACGGCUAACCAAGUGACAAGACAUCAUACGAAAUCCAAAUUAUCAUUCCCAGUCACUAAG